AUAAGCAGCAAGCAGCUUCUGGGUUUUGCUUUCAAGCGCACUCCUGCUGAAUCGGUGUGAGUGAGUGUGUAUGUGUGUGUGUGUGUGUGUGUGUGUGGUGUGUGUCGGGCGUUCACUCUUUCUUCUGCUACAGUAGCAACACAUUGCAGCAGCGUCGGCCCCGAACAAAAGGCUAAACGCAGCAGAGCCACAGGAGGGGAAACUCAGGGAUAGAAGCAGGCAGAGUGGCCCAGCGUGACUGCACUUCUCAGGGAGGAACUCAACCUGCCAUUUAGCCCUCCUGGCCCUGGAGUGGAGACAGGACGGUGCACUAGACCAGCCCAGGCUGCCCGUCUGUCUCUCUGCCACAGCUGAGGAACACACCCUGUUACUGACAGUUCUGUCUUUCAUUCAUACACCCCAGUCUCUGCCAUCCUUUACUGAGAUUCCUGCACCUGACCUUCUUCACCUGGGCAUCUUCCUUCUCAUCCACCUGUCCUCCGAGAUGUCAGACGAUGACUGCCGCUCGCCCAUCGGCCUGGACUGUUGCAGUUGCUGCCUGGACUUGGCCAAUGGCUGUGAUGACUCCAUGUCUGGCAGCCCGGCUAAGGGCCUUGGUACUACAGGGGGACUGCCAGGAAGCCCCACCAGCCCCAGUGUCAAUCACUUCCGCCAGCUCCGCAACCAGCUGAUGUACCAGAACCUGAACACGGACAAGCUGAAUAACAUCAUGAGGCAGGAUUCUCUGGAGUCAGUGGUGAGGGACCCCUGUUUCCUUCUCAAUGAAGGAAUUUGCAACAGCAACAUUGACCAGACCAUGCUGUCUAUACUGCUCUUCUUUCACAGUGCCUCUGGUGCUAGCGUUGUGGCCAUCGACAACAAGAUCGAACAGGCGAUGGAUCUUGUCAAGAACCACCUGAUGUAUGCUGUGCGCGAGGAGGUGGAGAUCCUCAAGGAGCAGAUCAAGGAGCUGGCGGAGAAGAACAACCAGCUUGAGAGGGAGAACUACCUGCUGAAGAACCUGGCUAGUCCAGAACAGCUGGAGAAGUUCCAGUCUCGCAUCCCAACAGAUGUGCUGUUACCCCUGGAUAAUCAGAGUGCCCAGGUGACCCCUGACCAGCACCACCACCAGCAGCAGCUCCAGCAGCUCCAGCAGCUGCAGCAGCAGCAGCAGCAGCAGCAACAGACCUGCCAACACAGCACUGGCUCUGCUGUAUAAGUGGCUCUGCCUUGGGGCGGGCAGAGCCACUGUCUCCUUACAGUAAUGGACCUCCAUUUGAAUUAAAGUAUUAAAAAAUAGCCACUGAGAACCCUUCGAAAAAACGAAGGUGGAGCAUCGGGGCUGUAAAUGAUCGAUGGGACACAAAAAGAACUGCUGACACUGAUAAGCACAAGACAGAACUUAAGGUGCUCUGACCAGUGCGGUGUCAGGCCCGUCCUCUGAUACCGCCCAACUCUUUGUCGUAGUCACUCUUUGUAGACAAGAGCGCUAAGAAUAGAGAGAGGGCUGACUAGUCACCGACCAGCGCUUGCUUCAGACUGAGGGGGGGGGAUGUUUCCCUGCCUAGCCAAACCCUUCCAACAAACACCCUUUUGCUUUAGAGAGCGGGGUGAGGAGGUGUUGAUCAGGCUGGCCCUGCAGGUGCUAUCUUGGAAAAGUGUGUGGGAGUUUGCUCCCUGCUCACCCAGAGGAGACCCAUCUGAGAGGGUCCUCCGAGUCUCAACGAGAAGAGCCCCAUCUUGCAGAUUUGCCCCGGUCUCAAAAUACAAGUUUCAACGACGCCCAGCCACACAUUUCAGCCACACAACAAGGACUUUUCCUGUACCUGCAAUGUAUUACUCGUGUGUUCAUGUACAUUUGUUCAUGCCUAACAACAAUAAUCAACAGGAUAAGCUAAGGCAAGAGAGGUGGAGGUUAAUGCAGUAUAGCCUGUUAGAGCUGGUGGACCGCUGCAGUAGACUCAUCAGUAUACUGAAAUGAUUCAGAAAAUGUAAUCUCGUGUUGUCUGCAGAUGGGGCUUGCUGCUUAUGGGGGAAAUUAAUCCUGCUAUAUCUUCUGUUUUUGUUUGUGAUUCUGAACAAAAAUCAGUCGUUGUAAAAUAGGAGCAUUGUACAGUGGUCUUAAAAGAUUUUUUUUUUUGGUUUUUUUUUGUAUAGUAGGCCGACAGGCAUAUCUGCCCACCUUGUUUGCCUGGCUCCUUACGGUAAAGGAUAACUACAAUGUACAUAGCGUUGAAACGUCCUGAGGUAAACGCAAUGGAGAUGGUGAGCAGGCUGACCCCCUGCAUUUCCUCGCUGCAGAUGCACUCCUGACUUUUUAGCAGCGUCGUCCAGUAUCUGGUCCGUUUUAAUGCUCCCAUGCCAACUUGAAAACGAUGGCAUGACAACAGUGCCUGUCCGUAGUAAGAGAGGAACACGUUUCCACAUUGAACUCUGUUGUUGUUGUUGUUGUUUUCUAGCUACCAAAGACUUUGCCUUUUUUUUUUUUUUUUUUUUUUGUCAACAACAACAGAAGCCGAGCAAACCAGGACCAUGUGUAAAACUUCACAGGGAGAAGUCUUGUUUGUAGUUAGUGCUAAAGUUUCCAUGUGUUUUGUAAAGAUAACGGUAUUGUUGCUGUACAGUAUCCUUGAAACGGUUGUUCACUAUGGUGUUAGGAUACGACUGCACAUUUGCAAUAAACCUUAUGUUUACAUAAUACAAUACAA